GUUAAUAUGAAAGCAUCAGCAAUGCUUGAGACAGGACCUACUCUUACUAUUAAAGGAGAUGCUUCAGCUAAAAUAUUGCUCAUAUACAGAAUAGGUAUAGCAGUCUCAGCCUCCAUAUCCUAUACCAUAAAUCCAGAAGCAUCAACUUCAGUCUGUGGCUCAUCAUCACAGGAUGCUAAUGCAUGCUUUGAAGUAUAUGGUAGAACUAAAGGAAAUAUUAGUGUUUAUGCAUACUGGCGGUCUAGGAAAGUCUCUUGUAAAUGGCUAAAGUGCAAGGUUUCUUGGACAAAAAAGAAAAAAUUUCGUAAACUAUCACGUACUUGGAGCCUAGUAAAUAGAAGAAAGAAAUUGUUUGGGCUGUGUUAUUCUUGUAAUUGCUACGGAAAAAAUUUCCUCAAUGUCCUUUGCAAGGGUAGCCAGUAUGGAACUUCACGAUGUUCCUGUUCAACAAGAAGGUCAAAAUGAUAUUUUUCAAUCAUCAUUGAAAGCUGAUGUGAUCAUUUUUAAUGGACUCCUCUUUUUUGUAGUUGAGUUUAAGCUUUUUAUUAGUGUAGCAUAGUUAUAAGUAUUUCAUUUUUUGAGUAAACAAUGAACCACAAUAAUAUCCAAGUAGAUCACCAGCCAUGAUGCACUUUACACUGCAUAGCAAGAAAUGCUUAUGAAUUGCAUAUUAAUUAUAAAUUAUUAUACAUAGACUAAUGGUUUGCUUCAUUAGAGGUACUUUUAAGGCAUCAAUUUCUGAUGAGUGCAGCAAAAACUGUGUUCCCUGUUUACUAUAGAGAUU